AUGGUUGAUAAGUUACCUAAAGACAGUCACCUUCGAACUAGCAUGCAAAGAUUAUUGUUUAAGGCUUGGACAAUAUUCGGUCUUGGGUUUCUAGCUUGGAACAUUGAUAACAUUGCUUGUGAUUAUUUACGAUCGGCAAGGCAAAAAGUUGGUAGACCAGCUAGCUAUCUAUUGGAGUUUCAUGGGUGGUGGCAUAUUUUUACUGCCAUUGGUACUCAUUAUUGGAUUGUUUUUAGUCAAUAUAUUAGAUUAAUUAUGUUGGGUGAGACCAGUAAAUGGAAUAUAAAGUGGACAAUAGGUUUUAUUCCUUAUGUAGCUCGUAGCUUAGAAAAGAAUGUUAAGCUUACAAAUAAUAAGCCAGUGCCAAUUGCUUUUGGUUACCUAAAAUAG